AUGGAGGUUCCAUCUUGGGAGUUAAAUAGUGGUUUCAAUCCCAUGAAUAUGAAUAUUAGUGACCAACCAGCAUGGAUUACACUUGAAGGGAGAAUUGCUUCGCCUGCAACCCAUUCCCCUCGAGCAGAGGAAGUAAUUAAUGGCGAUUUACAUUUUAAUAUUAACACUUUACCAAUAAGGGAUCCAAGUAAAUUCAUUUCUGGUCAGAUUCAUUCAUUUGUACCGGAAUGGGAGUGUAUUAUGGAUAAGAUUUCAUCAAAAAACAACGAUGUUUUAAAAUGGAUAAAGAAUGGUGUCAAUGUCUUUGAUUUCUUUCAAUCAUAUAAAGGAAAUUUUAAGGGAAAAUACUACAAUUCGAAUGUGCCUCCCAAACAUUAUGCACCCAACUCUAGCAUUUGCAAACAGUACUCUGAUUUUAUUGUCAAGGAAUUAAUGGAUAAGAUUCAGUGUGGAGCUAUAAAACUUUUAGGUAGAGUGGGUGAGUGUCAAUCCCCAAGAGUGGUUAUGCCUCUUACUGUAGAACCAAGUAAGCCACGUCUUUGUCAUGAUGAACGUUAUAUUAAUUUAUGGAUUAAGGAUCUGCCUUUUCGGUUAGAGACACUGAAAGAUAUUCAUCGUUUGGUAGAUAAAAAUGCUUUGUUGAUCACGUGUGAUGAGAAAUCGGGUUACAGUCACAUAAAAAUUGAUGAAGAGUCUCAGGAAUUUUUUGGUAUUCAGUUUGGAGGAUUUUUCAUGGUGUAUUUAACAUUACCAUUUGGUUGGAAGGCUUCAGCCUUUAUUUACCAAUCCAUAGGUAUGUGUGUUACCUCUUAUCUUAGGACAUUCUCUGUGCGUAACUCUCUGUACAUAGAUGAUAGGUUUGUUGCUACUAGGGGAUCUGAUUCUGUAGAUGAUGUGAAAGUUCAUGAGGAGGCUAGGAGGUUGGUAUAUGGUUUAGUUGAACUGUUGACAAGGUUGGGUUAUACCUUAGCAUUGAGUAAAUGUUCUUUAAAUCCUUCAAGUUGUAAGAGGUAUUUGGGUUUUUUAGUUGAUUCAGUUAGGGAAGCUUACAUAUUACCAGAUGAUAAAAAAGCAAAAUUCAUAGAUCUUCGAGAAUCAAUUUUAGAAAGAAAGGAAGUAGAUGUCAAGACAUUGCAAAGAUUUACUGGAAAGUGUAUUUCUAUGAGUCUGGUAAUCCCAGGAUGUAAGUUGUUCUGUAGAGAAAUAAAUGCUGGAAUUUCUCAUGGUUUGAAAAAUAGUAGGUCUGUAAAAAUUUCUGGAUCCCUAAAAGAGGAAAUUGAACAUUGGAGAUUUGUAGAUAAGUGGCAGGAUUGUUCUAAAUGGAGAUUGGAAUUUCACAAAACAAUAUCAAUGUAUACUGAUUCUUCUGGAUUUAGAUAUGGUGCAUGUGUAAGAUUGGGGGAGAAAGACUUAGUAUUAGGAGAUUAUUGGUCAGAAAAUGAUACAAGGCCAAUACAUGUUAAGGAGGCAGAUGCAAUCUUGAGGUCUUUGUUAUCCCUUAGUAGUAUGGUGCAAGAUUCACGAGUGGAUGUAUACACAGACAGCAUGGCUGUUAUUGGUUCUUGGAGUAGUCAGGGUAAGAGAUGUAAAGAGCUUAACGAUAUCAUAAAAGAUGUUUUUCAGUUUAUUGUUGCAAAAAAUAUUGAUUUACGCUUAACAUUUGUGUCCUCAAAGUUGAAUGAGGCAGACAAACCUUCUAGAGUCCUAAGUGCAGCAGACACUAUGCUUAGCCAAAAAUCAUGGAUGUUGGUGGAGACAGCAUAUGGUCCACAUUCAAUAGAUUUAAUGGCACUAGAUUCAAAUACAAUGAGUUCAAAAGAUGGUAUGCCUUUAAAACAUUUUACACCUUGUGCAACUCCCCUAUCAGCAGGUAUUAAUGUCUUUUGUCAAGAUAUUAGAAAGGAAAUCAACCCCUAUGUUUUUCCUCCCUUUGGAUUGAUCUUUCCUAUUAUUUGUUUACUCGAGCAGCAAAAGGUCAUGUGUACGAUAAUAGUUCCUAUGAUGGAACCCUUACCUAUAUGGUGGCCAAAGUUGUUAGCUAAUUCUAUAGGGUCAUUUUGUAUUGGUGUAAAUGGUGAAAAAGAAAUAGUUAAGAUUCCAUCUAAGAAUGGUUUUGUGUUGGAUAAUUUAGGUUUGAGGUGGCCGUUGUUUGCUUUUAGGGUUUUAUUUGUGUGACUUAUUUGAAGUUAUUUCUUCAUCUGGUUUUUAUUGCAGGAUAAUCCAGGACAAAUUGAGAUUGACUGGGACAUAAUAGAUAGGAGGCUUUUGGAACUGGAUGGGAAUAUUGUUACUUCUUUAAAGUGUAAAAAAAGAAACAGUCUUGUAGAAUCU